GUAAUAUUCUACUGUGAUCAAUAAGAUUACUUGAGAUAGCGUAGCGAUAUGUCGAAAGAAAUGUAAGAUCUACGCGCGGUGCGCGUAGGUAGAGGCGAUGCGAGCGAAAGGAGAGAAAAGAAAUUGUGUGUGUGGUAUAGGGAAGCGUGAAGGUGGCGGUGGAAGCGGGGGGGUAGGGAUGGCGGCGACAGUGAUGUGGUAACAGCUGUAGCUCCAAGCUCUUGGAAGGAUUUUCGAUCGAACGAAAUCACAUUAGUGGAUUUUUUUUCUACGCAGCCCCGCCGUGGAGUCGUGCCGCCCGUGUUUGGUGUUUUGGAGUAACCGGAGUGUCGCGUCCCAGGCGCGAGUCCGCGAAUGUCCGCGAGACGCACGGUGGCUGCGGUGUGUUAAAGAGUUAUUAAUGCGCAGCGCGAACGCGUAACGGGCUAUAAAUGUGAUCGGCCGAGAAUUCGUACACAACUUGUGACGCGCGCCAUGUCGCGCGUUCCCAGCUGAUCUCACGUUUGACAUAACGCAACGUAUAUUCCCGCGGACGUGUUUCUACGGUCCCACCGAAAUUGCGUAUAAUUACGGAGAGAGGAUAUAACGCGCCGCUCCUUUUUCAUGCGUGAUUCGCGGCCGUGAUUCAGUAAAAGUCCUCCGAACUUCGUCGAGAGAGGAAAGAAUGGCGGAGCUGGAUGACUUAUUUCACACGGAUCAAUAUGUAGGCCCGGAGCGACUUACCGAUUUGUGCUACAAACUCAUCUGCGAGAAUCUCGACAUUAUCUCGGUAAAGGGUAAACGCGGCCACCGAAUACUGCGGAAGGGGAUAGCCUUCCCGAGCGAGAUAUGCGACAAGAUUAUCGAAUACGCGCAGCGCAGCGAGGCGACCGAGGACGACGAUUGCUUCUUCUCAAUCUUCAAGAAUCUGGCGGCGACCCGACUGAAGCGCGUCAAGAUCUCCAACUGCAGCCUGACCGACACCUCGGUCCAGACCCUUGUCAACCACAAACUCUACGAUCUAGAGCUCACCGAUUGUAGCAACGUAACGGAACUCUCGAUCGAGCAUAUUAAUGCCAAUUCGGAGAAUUUACACAGUUUAGCAUGUCAUGGCACUUCGAUGAUCAUACCUUCUAGUUUAGUAAAUUCCUCCUUCAAUUACUACGAACGAGGAUAUGUUUUUAAUACGCCAAAUUUAAAACGACUGGCAUUAGCACACGUAGGAAUAUUUACUACAGCAGAAUAUUUACUGCUCCUAGCGGGAUUGAAGAAUCUGACGCAUCUAGACUUGUCCAAUAGUUGUAACAUUUACACUUUCGAAUUUUAUCAUCUGGUACCAAAUUUAGUAUCCUUAACUUUGUACAACGUUAAGGUCAAUACCGACCCAAAACCUUUUGUCAAGAACAUCUGUCAAUUGAAGAGUUUAAGGCACUUGGACAUUUCUCAGUCGAGUCAUAAACAGGGACAAUUUGAUAAUCCCAAUAAAGUCCUGUCUGACCUAGUAAAUGGUUUACCCCAGUUGGUUUCUUUAGACAUCGGUGGUACAAAUCUUGCGGGAAGAGGAGUAGCUGAGCGUCCCACCGAUAUGAAUAUCGAGCAUACCUAUUUCGGGCAACUUUCCGAUAUACCAGGACUAGCAUCUAGGAUACAUAAGCCAUUACAAUUUUUAGGACUUUACGGAACGGCACACGGUGCUUGCAGAAGACACGAUAUACCGGCAAAAGUGGUGGCUGGUGACGCAAAUGAGGAUCAAAUAUUGAUCGCCGCUCAUGUUUGUAUGGACAAUAAACAAGAACUACUGCAAAAAGUAUUGAGCGAUUUAUAUCAUGUAUUUAGAUAUGAAAAUUGUCAUAGAAUGGAUCAAGCGUUGUAUACUGUCUUGGAAGCGAUGGAAAAGCAUCCAGCUCAGAAGCAUAUACAGAUAUCGGGGAGCGCCACGUUAUUCUACAUAGUAAAGAUGAAGGAAAAGGGUGAAUUAGUAGCGCGAAUGAAGAGAAGGAUUAUCAGUACUCUCCUCGCUGGUAUGAGCACACAUAGAGACGAAGAGACUAUGAUGCGGAACGGUUGUUUGGCAUUGUGUCAAUUCCGCAUACCACACGAUGUGAUGUCGAAUUACGAAACCCUUGUGAAGGUGCUUCUACAUUCAGCCAAACACUCGGAACCAGAAAGUUUUGUUCAGAGAAUCGGAAUAUAUUUACUAAACUCUUUAGCUUGUCAAGUGGAAGGUAAAGAGAAAAGAUUGCUCGGCAAGUUGGGUUGUGUCAAGACUAUGUUGGAAUUGGUAGAAUACAGGGUGGAAACAAAUAUAUUCGACGAUGUAUUAGAAGUCGCAUGGUCGACUAUGUGGAAUAUGACAGACGAAACGUCUAUAAAUUGUCAACGAUUCUUAGAUGAAGAAGGCAUGACACUUUUCCUCAAAUGUGUACAGCAAUAUCCGCAUAAAGAAGAACUGUUGAGGAAUAUGAUGGGUUUGCUCGGAAAUGUGGCAGAAGUCGAAUAUCUUCGAAUCCAUCUUAUGCAGGAACGAUACGUCACGGUUUUCGCCAAUCUGCUACGUUCCAAUAGCGAUGGAAUUGAGGUACCGUACAAUGCUGCUGGCAUUUUGGCACACAUGGCAUCUGAUGGCGUUGACGCUUGGACAAUAGAAAAGCCAACUCGUAAAGAGGUCCUUAAAUACAUGGUGCAAGCGAUCGAGAGCUGGGACUUAAAUGCAGAACGUAAUAUCAAUUAUCGAUCGUUUGGACCGUUAUUGCGUCUGCUGGAUGUGUAUCAUACUCCUCCAUGUCAACAUUGGGCUGUUUGGGCUCUCGCUAAUCUUACCAAAGUAUACUCAUUCAAAUACUGUGCAUUAGUAGUGAAGGAAGGAGGACUGGACAAGCUGCAUACGGUGAUAGCAGAUCCUAGGCCAUACGAACGUAUAAAAGAACUCGCAAACUUGGUGAUUGAAAAUUGUUGUCAAUACGAGAGCCACUCCGACGAUGUAAAUGUGUCUCAUUCCGCCUUGGACGCGGAAUAUAGUCUGGAUGGUUAAAAAAAGAUCUUAGUAACGUCAUUAUGCACGUCGCAUAACUUAUAUCGUCUCUUUAGACAAAACAAAUUAUAACUAGUACUAUUAUUUGGACCGAUAAUAGCGAAGGAAUAAUUACAUAGACGAGUCAGAAGAAAAAAACGAUCGAACGUGUUACUACAUUAACUUGACAAUAGAUCUGUUCUUUGUAGUUGCGCUAUAUGUCAUACUUUCUGCACUUACAAUGAAAUAAGUACAUAAUUAGACGGAGAAAAAAAAGAGAAACGAGAUGAAAAGUACAAAAAGUUUGGCUACAAAGAGCAAAUCUAUUGUUUUUGACAAAAAAAAGCGGAAAGGAACGAAUGCUCAAUAUUACAAUUACAAAGGUUGUGUAUGCAUGCGUGCGUGCGUGCGUAUUUGUUGCUUCGUGUGUGCGUGUGUGCGUGCGUGUGGGUGUGCGGGUAUGUAUGACGAUUUGUAUGGAGAAUACGAAGUAUUUUGAAACGAAUAUUCAAUUAUCCGCAAAUAUUCAUCUUAUACAUUAUUGCCGAUAUUAAUUAAUGGUGAACUGACCCGAGAAUCUUUCAGCCGAUAUACAUACGGUGUCACAAAUGUCUUGCCACACUUACGAUAUUCGUAUUACUUCGAGCGUGUUCGAGCAGGUAGCAUCAUGUCUAGAUAUUUAUGCAUCGUGAUUGCUUGAUCAAAAUAUUAAAAAACAAAUUUUUAUUGUUAAAAACUGAUUGAUAUGAGUUAUUAUUUAUUUUUAAUCUUAUGUGUUUGUUCUUGUGUAUGUAAAACGCAGAUGCUAAGCUCAAGUAGAAUUUUGAACGAUGCAUUUGUCACGCCGUGUGUUAUAUGUAUGUAUGUGUAUAUAUAUAUAUAUAAUACGCUUUUAAUAUACAUAUAUAGUCGAGCCUUCGCAUUCUUGUCUGAGCAUCCUUAUUCUCAAUCGUCAAACGAUUAGUGUGAAAUCGCGAACAUCCGUGGAUAUGAUAAAAGAAUAAAUAGGGAGUUUGUCAGAUUAAAAGUAAGAAGGUACGACUUUAAAAAAAAAAAGGCGAAAACGAGUAAUCGCAGCUAAGGCUUGCACGCUUAUUAUAUAUCUAUCUUUAAUCUUAUUGACUUUCAUACGAUAUGUGGAUGUCUCUUUAGUCUUUCUUUUCUCUUCUUCCCUUAUUUCUCCCUUUCUUAUAGAUAAUAAUAACGUAGAUAAUUCGUUUCCAUUAUACUAGGAUUUUUCCAACACAAGGACGUGACAGGCUUAGAAGAAUUUUGCGUGUAAAUAGAAUUACAUACGAAGGAGCAGUACAUUAGAUUUAAAUGUUUUGUAUGUUUAUCGUUAUAUAAUUACUAUUAAAAUCCCCUGAGAAAAUUAACUCUAUCGAUUAAGUCCUAUAUGCAGUCAAACGUAUAUACUUUUAACGAAUUUCCAGAUUUAUCUUUUUCAUAGAUUCUCAUUUAGCAGCAAGAAUGCGCGGAGAAAUAAUUAUAGCGAUUAUUACCAACACUAACGUAAUGUGACAAUGUAAUCACAUAACGUAUCAAUGCAUACCCGGUUUGUUCGAUAUAUAAUAUAGUAUUAUCAAAAAUCAUAA